CUGUAAAUUCACAUUCUGGUAUUUGGGCUGCAGACUGUCUACAUCUCAGCGAGAGAGAUUAGCACAACAAGGUUAUGGGAGGACUGUUUUCAAAAGCUCCUCCUCCUACACCGAAGUUACUUGAUACACCAUGGAGGCAGUUUAACUGGGGAAAUAAACAUGAUGAUCUGCAGUAUGUGAACAACUACAAGCCUCAGACUGAAGGACAGCAGCUCAGGAUUCUUCUUAAUGGGCCGGUCGGGGCUGGAAAGUCCAGUUUUCUUAACUCUGUUAAAAGUGUCCUACAGAACAGAAUAUGUCUUGAGACUCCCGUCCGAGGCACCUCUCAUUCAUCGUGCACCAAAAAGUACAAAACCCACAGGAUCCCAAUGGGAGACUCAGAUUCCUUUUUCCCUUUUGUCUUCAAUGACAUGAUGGGAUUGAAUGCCAGCAGCAACAGAAAAGCCAGACAAAUUCAUGUGAAGGAUGUCAAGCGGGCACUGAAGGGACACGUAAAAGAAGGUUAUAAGUUCAAUCCUGAAUGUAAACUGUCAAAAGAUGACCCACAUUACAACAGAACUCCGUCUGCCAAUGACAGAGUGGACAUUCUGGUUUUUGUCAUUGAUGCCAGCACUGUAUCCUCGAUGAACCAAGAGACCAGAGAGGUGAUAGAGGACAUCAGAGAUGAAGCUGAUGACAUGGAGGUUCCAAAAAUUGUCAUUUUCACCAGAAUUGAUGAGGCUUGUCCUAAGAUCAACAGAGAAAUCAAGAACGUCUUCAAGAGCAUAUCUCUAAAGAAAAAGAUUGAGCAGUUCAGUACAGACACAGGGAUCUCCCUUAACUGCAUCUUCCCAGUGAAGAACUACAAUUCAGAAUAUGACCUGAAGACUGAUGCUGAUGCUUUAAUCCUGGACACUCUGAGACACAUCAUUGAAAGAGGAGACGAUUUCCUCAACAGAAAGUUCAGGUCCUAAAUCCAGAUAUUCUGAGUGGUCCACAAAAGGAUGUUACUGGUGUUAAACCAUUAGUGUUAUUGUAUAUUUGAAAUGCUUUGUGUGCAAGUUAACUCAUAUUGCAGCAGUUUAUAUUUGUAUUUCUGUGUGUCUGGGUGGACACUGGGUUUAUCAUUCUUGAUUCAGUUCUGUGACCUUCUCAUGUUUAUGACUUUAUUUUUGUUUUUUAUUUUUAAUGUGAAGCAUGUUAAGUUUAUGUAAGAAAAAAGUGCCUCAAAGUGCUAUAUGUGUAUAGUGUAUACACAUUAGACCUAUAGUACUUUUGUCUAUGUGAUGUAUAAACUAUCUAAUGUUAAAUUUGUUGAGAAUCCUCUUAAAAAUGGUUUAUUUGUGCUGACACAGUAAGAAUGCUUUACACUGCAAGCUGGAGCUACUCCUUUGUGCCAGAGCACUGACCUUUUAUUUGAAUUUCAUUAUGAGGAGGAGGAAGUGAUGAGUGCCUAAAUCUAAUAAGGAAGGACACUGCAGAGCAACGAUUGUGUUAGUGCUGUCAAAAUUCCCAUUUUUUUUAUGCACUGUGUACCAACAAAUUCAUUGUACACAACCCCAAGAAUGUCAAACAAAUGUUGCAAACAAAAGCUGGCUGUUCUCCUCCUGUAACUCUGACACCUGUCUCUUCCAUUGAAUUCCACUGCUGGGUCCCUGACUUGAUUCUUUUCACUGGCGAUGAUGCUGCACAUUCAGUUCUGGUUUGGUUUUAGACCAAACUGGAUGUUUCCUCUCGGUCCAAGUUUUACUCCUGCAAAUAGAACAGACCUCUGGGGAGCUUGUGAAAUGUGGCAGGAUCACUCACAGUGGUAUGUUCUGCACAAA